GUUUCGUUGACGUCCUUGGCCACAACAACCUCGACCGCCGAUGGGUUGUUGUCAGAGUUGUUGUCGACGACCACAUCUCCCACCACGGCCGGUGCGGUACUUGCGGCCCUUUCCGAUGACCUGCAGCGCGAUAUGGCCGCCUUGGUGGGUCAGCUGAUGGCAUCUGGGAGCAUGACGGCAAACGCGACUUCGGAUCUGGGAACGGCAAAAGCUUUCCAGUUACCCGGUUCGGGAACAAACGAAAGCUACACCGCCUUCACCGUGGAGGGCGCCCCGGUUGCUACUGUACUACCCCAACAGGUCCGAGAGAUGGGCUCCAACAAGGCUGCUGCGCCGGCCGUGGAUGUUUCCAUCGUGGACACCAGAACCCUGAUGACUCAAGACGUCUCCGUCGAGGGGGCACUGAUCUAUGUAAGGGUGACAGAGCAAGAGCCAAAGGCGAAUUUCAUGUGUGCCUACAUGGCCGGUCCUGACUUCGCUGUUUGGUCCACUCAGGGUGUUCGCUUGGCAACGGAAGCAGAGCUGGCUGACUUGGCCUUGCAGACAGGUUCUUCGAAGCUCUCCGGCACCUGGUGCGCCACGGA